GACCGGAAGUGGUGGCGGCGUGAAGGCAGCAUGGUGGCGGCCGGCGCGCACCGGGCCGGGCCCCUGAAGCAGCAGAAUAAGGCUCAUAAGGGCGGGAAGCACCGCGGGACGGCACAGCGCCGAUCUGGGGGCCGAGUCUCCGUCAAGGCCCUGCCGCACCGCCGGCGCCGCGAUCUGAACAGGGUGGACCGACGGCACCAGGCGCUGCAGCUCCGCAGACAGCGCAAGGAGGCUGUGCUAGCAGAAAAGCGGAGCUUAGGCAGCAGGGAUGGGCCCCCACACCUCGUGGUCGUGGUGCCACUGCACGCCAGGGCUGCAGCACACGAUGGCCUCCGCCUGCUGCAGAGCCAAGACUCGGCCGUUGUCCACGUGGAUGAGGGAAAAGCUGGCAGCUUUGCCAUCCUCUGUCCCCGGCUCAAGCAGCGCUGGCGGUUUGUGACGGCGCAGGCAGGGGAUCUGCACGCUGUCAUGGACCUAGCAAAAGUUGCCGAUUCCCUCCUUUUUGUCUUGGAUCCUAUGGAUGGCUGGGACAGCACAGGGGAGCACUGUCUCUCCUGCCUUUUUGCUCAGGGGCUGCCUAGUUAUGCUCUUGCUGUCCCAGGGGGCACUGACCUGCCACCAAAGAAGCGGAUAGACGCCAAGAAGAAAGUCGCCAAAGCUAUUGAGAAGUGGUUUCCAGAAGUCAAGCUCUUUCCCCUAAACACAGAGCAGGAGUCCUCAGUGCUGCUGAGGCACCUUGCUACCCAGAAGCAGCGGCAUCUUGCUUUUCGGGACAGGCGAGCUCACAUGCUUGCCUAUGCUGCUGAGUUUGUGCCCAGUCAGGAGAGUGACCAGGUUGGGACCUUGAAAGUGUCUGGCUUUGUCCGAGGGCAGACCCUCAACGUGAACAGCUUGGUGCAUAUUGUGGGGCAUGGAGACUUCCAGAUGAGCCAGGUGGAUGCCCCCCCCGACCCUCUCUCUUUGAAUCCCAGAGUGGUUAAAGGACAGAAGAAGAGUCAGGGCAUGGAUGUGCAGGAAGACUCUGCAAAUGGUACUGAUGAGAUGGAGGAAGAUGUUAAAAUCCUGAUGAAGGCAGAUGCGAGCAAACAGGAAUCUUUACAGUCAGAAGUGGUUCCUGAUCCUAUGGAAGGGGAGCAGACGUGGCCAACUGAAGAAGAACUGCAAGAAGCAGAGGCGUCUCAGAAAGAGAACAAAAGGGUGGUGAAGGUCCCCAAAGGUACAUCCAAGUACCAGGCUGCAUGGAUUGUGGAUGAUGGAGAAGAAGGCAGUGAGGAAGAAGAUGAUGAUGAAGAUGAUGAUUUUGGUGAUGAUAUGAUGGAAGAGGCAGUUUCCCAGGAGGGAGAAAGCAGUGAGGAGGAAGAAGAGCUUGCAGAGGAGGAAUGUGAGACCAUGACCGUGUCUGAGUGCGUGCGGGAUGACCAGUAUGAUGAGAAGGUGGAGGAAGAUGAACAGAUGCUGGAGAAAUACAAACAGGAGAGAAUGGAUGAGAUGUUUCCAGAUGAGGUGGACACACCACGUGAUGUGCCUGCCAGAGUCCGGUUCCAGAAGUACCGAGGGCUUAAGAGCUUCAGGACUUCUCCGUGGGACCCCAAAGAGAAUCUCCCAAGGGACUAUGCAAGGAUUUACCAGUUCCAGGACUUCUCCCGAACCAGAAAGAACAUCUUCCGGCAGAUAGAGAAAGAGGAGACUGAAGGAGCUUCGGUUGGCUGGUAUGUUACACUGCAUGUCUGCAAUGUCCCCGUCUCAGUGAUGGAGAGCUUCAAAGAAGGGAAGCCACUAGUGCUGUUCUCACUGCUUCCCCACGAACAGAAGAUGUCUGUGCUGAAUUUCCUGGUGCGGCGGCAUCCAAGCAACAGUGAUCCAGUGAAGGCAAAGGAGGAGCUGAUCUUCCACUGUGGGUUCAGACGCUUCCGAGCUUCCCCGUUGUUCUCCCAGCACACAUCAGCUGAUAAGCACAAGCUGGAGCGUUUCCUGCGCCUGGAUGCUGCCCUGGUGGUGACUGUUUAUGCUCCCAUCACUUUCCCACCUGCCUCAGUGCUUGUUUUUAAACAGAGAAGUAAUGGAAUGCACGACCUCAUUGCUACGGGUUCUCUGCUGGCUGUGGACCCAGACAGAAUCAUCAUCAAGCGGCUGGUGCUCAGUGGUCAUCCUUUCAAGAUCUUUACCAAGGCAGCUGUGGUGCGAUACAUGUUCUUUAACAGAGAGGACGUGAUGUGGUUUAAACCAGUGGAGCUAAGGACAAAAUGGGGUCGUAGAGGACAUAUAAAAGAGCCAUUAGGGACCCAUGGCCACAUGAAGUGCCACUUUGAUGGACAGCUGAAGUCCCAGGACACUGUGCUGCUGAACCUCUACAAGCGCGUUUAUCCUAAAUGGACUUACGACCCCUAUGUUCCAGAGCCUGUGCCGUGGGUGAGGAGUGAGAGUGCACUGCCAGUGCAAGAGGUAGAAAUGGAAUAAGCCUCCAGGCACAGUGCUAUUGCAGUUUGUGCCUCUCCAGCUGCUGUUCUCAGCCUAAGCACACCAUGCACACUGAUGUCCUGGGUAUAUCAGUGCUAGGGUUUGUACUGGGGCAGCUGUCUCAACAGUUGGUGCUUAGGAUCGACUACAGUUAUUUAUUUUAAUGGAAAUGCUUUUCAAAAAAUA